AUGUCAGGCGGUGCACGUUGUUACGGUCCUGGUUGUAUGAAGACGUCCACAGCUAACCCAGAGGUGUUUCAGCACCGCGAGACGAAGCGAAAGUGGGAAGACGAAGACGACGACGACGAAGACGACGACGAAGAAGACGACGACGAAGAAGACGACGACGAAGUAGACGACGUAGAAGUAGACGACGUAGAAGUAGACGACGUAGAAGUAGACGACGUAGAAGUAGACGACGUAGAAGUAGACGACGUAGAAGUAGACGACGUAGAAGUAGACGACGUAGAAGAAGACGACGUAGAAGAAGACGACGUAGAAGAAGACGACGUAGAAGAAGACGACGUAGAAGAAGAAGACGACGUAGAAGAAGAAGACGACGUAGAAGAAGAAGACGACGUAGAAGACGUAGAAGACGACGACGUAGAAGACGACGACGUAGAAGAAGACGACGUAGAAGAAGACGACGUAGAAGACGACGUAGAAGACGACGUAGAAGACGAAGACGACGUAGAAGAAGAAGACGUAGUAGUAGUAGUCUUUUGCAGUUGA